UUCAGACUUAGUGAGAGCAGUAUUGAAGUGCUAAAAGAGAAGAUAAGAAGAGAGGCAAGAGAGCGAGCCACUUCCAGGGAAUCAGUAACAGAGAAGAAGAAACGGAAGACAGGUCGAGUUAGAGUUGGUUCAUCAUCCUCGACAGAGUCGGAACGCGAGAACGCACCAUCGGUUCUGGAGCAGUUGGGCAAAAAGCAGAAGGAGAAGAAACGACAUAAACCAAAGGGCACCGAUCGAACGUGUACAACUUGCGGGAUUUCGUUGUGUGAUUGCGUGGACGCAUGGCUUGAGGUGGGUGUUUGA